AUGGAGGGCAACCUGUCCGGGCUGGUGCCUGCUGCAGGGCUGGUGCCCGCACUGCCCCCAGCUGUGACUCUGGGGCUGACGGCCGCCUACACCACGCUGUACGGCCUGCUCUUCCUCUCAGUCUAUGCCCAGCUCUGGCUGGUGUUGCUGUAUGGGCACAAGCGGCUCAGCUACCAGACGGUAUUCCUGGCCCUGUGUCUGCUCUGGGCUGCCCUGCGCACCACCCUCUUUUCCUUCUACUUCCGAGACACCGCUCGCGCCAACCGCCUGGGCCCCCUGCCCUUCUGGCUGCUCUACUGCUGCCCGGUGUGCCUCCAGUUCUUCACCCUCACACUCAUGAACCUCUACUUUGCCCAGGUGGUGUUCAAGGCAAAAACAAAACAGCACCCAGAGAUGAGCCGGGGCCUGCUGGCUGUGCGAGGGGCCUUCGUUGGGGCCUCGCUGCUCUUCCUGCUGGUGAACGUGUUGUGUGCUGUGCUGUCCCGUCGGCGCCGGACACAGCCCUGGGCCCUGCUGCUGGUUCGAGUGCUGGUGAGCGACUCGCUCUUUGUGAUCUGUGCCCUCUCUCUGGCUGCCUGCCUCUGCUUGGUGGCCCGGCGUGCCCCCUCCACCAGCAUCUACCUGGAGGCCAAGGGGACCAGUGUGUGCCAGGCUGCAGCCAUGGGAGGCGCCAUGGUCCUGCUCUAUGCCAGCCGAGCCUGCUACAACCUGGCAGCUCUGGCGCUGGCCCCCCACAGCCGGCUGGACUCCUUCGAUUAUGAUUGGUACAAUGUCUCUGACCAGGCUGACCUGGUGAAUGACCUAGGGGACAAGGGUUACCUGGUCUUUGGCCUCAUCCUCUUCGUGUGGGAGCUGCUGCCCACCACCCUGCUCGUUGGCUUCUUUCGGGUACACCGGCCCCCGCAGGACCUGAGCACCAGCCGAAUUAUCAGCGGGCAGGUCUUCAGCUCCCGUUCCUACUUCUUUGACCGGGCUGGGCAUUGUGAAGAUGAGGGAGGACCAUGGGAGCACAGCCGGGGAGAGAGCACCAGCCUUUCGGGGAGCCUGGGGGCUGGUAGCUGGUACGGUGCCAUUGGGCGAGAGCCCGGCUGGUGUGGGAGCAGCCAGAGCCGAAGUGCGCCGCUCCUCUUCUCCCAGGUGGCUGGGCCUGCUGGCCACCAUCACCACAGCCUCUACUCCACCCCGCAGACAUGAGCCCCCUCCUCUCCUGUGGGGGGGGGUGGGGCAGGGGGGCGGGGGUGGGGUGUCUCCUCUUCUAGAUGCCCCCAGCCUUCCUGCUUGCCUGCCUGCCCAGUCUGGCCGCAGCCCUGCCCUCUGCCCUUGCCCCUGCUGAGUCUGCAGCUUCUAGUGCUGGGUCCAGCCCCGUAGCCACGCCUCUUGUAGUGAGCUUCUGCCUCCUGCUGGGGGUGGCACCAUCCACCACUUGGAACCCGCUACCUCUUUUGUGCCUGCUGCUCAAUAAACAGUGCCCAUGCCCCCA